AUGGCAGUCAAUGAUGAAAGAUAUGUAUUCAUAGUUGAAUGGUUUGACACAAGUGCGUCUUUAAUAAGGAGUUACAACCUCACAUAUUUCAUGUCAGACAAGACUAUUGAAAUGUUUGAUUUGAAAAAUAAAAGAAUAUUCUUGAAAAGAUGUGAAUACCCAUCGAUAUAAUUGAAAGAUUUGUAUGUUGGAUCAAUUGUGACAGUUUUUUCAAGAUAAUUAAAAAUAGUGGAUUAUGCAGAUGUAUUUACUAGAUCUAAAUUCGAAGUGUAAAGAGGAAAAACAUUUGGAAUGAUUAAGCCAGAUGCAUAUACUCAUAUUGGUAAGAUAAUAACUGCAGUUGAAAGGAACGGUUUCGUAAUUGGUAAUUUGAAAAUGACAAGAAUGUAAAUUGGAGAUGCUUAGCAAUUCUAUGGAGAACAUAGAGGAAAACCUUUUUUCGAUGAGCUAACUUAAUUCAUCUGCAGUGAUUUUAUUGUAGGUUUGGAGUUGAUUGCCGAUAACAGUGUCAAAAAAUGGAGAGAUCUUAUUGGACCAACUAAAUGUCAAGUUGCUAGAGUUGAGGCACCAAAUUCAAUGAGAGCCUUGUAUGGUACAGAAGGGGUUAGAAAUGCUUGUCAUGGCAGUGAUGCUCCUGGAUCUGCAUAAAGGGAAUUAGAUUUCUUUUUCUCUGAUAAGUCUAAUCUAAAAUCGACUGCUGUAUUUAAUAAUUGUACUUGUGCCAUAAUCAAACCACAUAUUGUGUUAGAAGGAAGGGCUGGACAAAUUAUUGACAUUAUUUUAAGUGAAGGCUUUGAAAUAUCAGCAAUGCAAAUGUUCUAUUUAGAUAGAGCUACAAGUGAAGAAUUCUUUGAAGUCUAUAAGGGGGUCUUACCUGAAUUCUAAGCAAUGUCAGAACAUUUAACAUCUGGACCUUGUAUUGCAAUGGAAAUCAGACAAGAAAAUGCUGUGAAAGCUUUUAGGGAUUUAUGUGGACCACAUGAUCCUUAAAUAGCAAAAACUUUGAGACCACAAACAAUCAGAGCUAAAUUUGGAAUUGAUAGAGUUAAGAAUGCUAUACAUUGUACUGAUCUUCCUGAAGAUGGCAUACUAGAAGUGGAAUAUUUCUUUAACAUUUUACAAUAAAAAUGA